AUGCAGUCCCUCUUCAUCUUGGUCCUCCUCGCCCUCGCGAGCAGCACGUUCGCCUCGACUCCCUACAACUCUGCCGCCUCCCGCAUCCUCCAGCGCUCUCCCUCGUAUGCCGGCUCUCCACCAUCCCAGAAUGACGGACUCGUCGCGCGUCAAGCGGCAGUGGAGGACGACACGGCCGUGAGGGCGAAAUACCAACAGUUCCUGUUGUUGGCGGUCGACUCGCAGAAGCCGGACAGCACGGGGUGCGCGUCGCAGUGCAGACAGAUCGUAGGGUCCAUGGACAACUCGACGUCGUACGAAGCCUACAACCGAUGCUCGUGUGGAACCGACGUACUCGUUCAAGCGAGCAACUGCUCAGGCUGCCUCGGGACGAAUUGGAAUUCGGCGGAGCUAGCAUACACCACUCUGUGCCAGGAGAUGUACAACGGGACGUUCGCUUCGGACAACGUGACAGCUUCGGCAGCGGUCCGGUUGAGCGGGUCGACGAGCGUGCGAGCGACGCCCCUCUCGCUUGCAGCGGUAGCAGGCUCGGCGGCGCUCCUCUUACUAGGUGGUCUGACGCUGCUCGGCGCGGCCUAG